CCAGGCUCGUGGACUCAGACGUAUACAUAUUAGUAUAACAAUGACACUAUAGAGAAGAAAGCAUAACUAUAUAUCUAUGUACAUGGCUGUACAACAGCGUUUUGAUCAUAGACAGUAAUAGCUAGACAGGUCGGCUUAUAAAGCAGGUUGCAUUAUUAUUAUGAUCUUUUUCCGGGAUUAUGCGCUACUGGACCACUCAUAACUGACCGGAGAUGGGACUCCAAGUUCUGCUGUGGUGGCCGAAUAUUAUCGGAUACAUUAGGAUUGGCCUUGUGUUUGCUGCAUGGGCUGCCUAUAAGACACCAUCAGUCUUUGUCUCUCUUUACUCUGUCUCCAUAGCACUGGAUGGCGUGGACGGCUGGCUGGCGAGGAGGCUCGGGCAGACCUCCAGGUUUGGAGCCUGGCUGGAUGUAGUGGUGGACAACCUGGGCAGAGGCAUGCUGUGGAGCCUGCUGUUUAAGUGGGGUUGGCUGGUGUCUGCCUUGGAGUGGUGCGUGUUUGUGUGUAACCACAAUGCCAGAGGUGACCAUUGGAAGAACAGUUUCAUCACCAGCCCUCGUUUCAUACAAGCCAUCAUGGCAAACGGGUUUCGGACAACUCUUGGCGCAUGGGUGGUGAGUGGGCUGCACGGCCUCCCCCUGUGGCUGUAUGGGUAUCAGAGGGGCUUACUAUCCCACUGGCUGUAUCUGCCUCCCUGGAUCCAGGCUGCGGGGACCCUGCUGCUGGCUGCGGGCCGCCUGCUGGCUCUAUCGGUGGAGAUAUGGUGUAUAUGGACACAUAUCAAAUACCUCACCAAUGAUGAGCCGGAAGAGAAAAAGAAGUGAAAGCCACUCAGCAGUCAAAAAAACUGUCCUAACGCCGACAUUAUCCGCCACCUUUAUAGAAGAGAUGGCCUUAAGUCACUUUUGGUCUUCUCUAAAGAAAAAUGAAUUCAGCCAUUGCUGUGGGAGAUUGUUGACAAAUGGGCCACAUGUCGGCGGCACAUUCUAAAUCGGUGUAUUUAAAGGUAUAAGACGGCAGUGAAAUCAUCUGACAGCAAUAAUAUUUACCUGCUCACUUACUUUCUGUUACAAAUGGGGAUUUCUCUUUUUAAACUAGUGAACAUGAUUGAAUUUUAUGUAUGGCUGCUGAGAUGCAAGAAGCGUCUUAUCCUACCCCUGUUAAUAUAAGACUGUGUCGUUACAGGCAGUAGGCGUUCAGAUAUAUGUGGAAAAGAAGCCUUAUAGGUCUGUUGAACUGUUAAAGGGAAUAUGAAUGUUAUUUUUGUUAUUCAUUGGGAACACAGUGGCAGAACCCUAUUAUUCUUAAACCUGAGCAAAGAUUGAAACCUUUUCAGAGACUGUUUAAAUAAUGUCAGCAUGCCAGUUAAAAGUAUGAAAAAAGGUUUUUUGUUGGGGGGAAGAGUAUUUGUGAUCGCUGUAAUUUACUUUAUGAAAUCACACCACCGACCCGACGGAGAGACUUAAUUGUACACAUAGAUCCCAACACUAUUGAACAGGAAGCUUGAAUAAAAAGCCUGGAUCUGUUAGGGACUUUUAUUUAUUUUUUAUAAAUACUUCCCUUAUUUUAGCCGAUAUUUUAGGCCUGCAUACUUUCUGCUGAAGAUAGCGAGAAUGUGUGUGGCUGAAGGGGUCAUUAUAACUAUUCCUGAACUUAUGGACUCUUUUCAUGUGCAGAUCUAGGAAAGGUUAUGCAUGCUUGCAUCUCCUCCAGACUUGACUAUUGGCUGAACACUUUAUUUGGUGUCAACAGGUCAAACAUCCAAAGACUUUUACUUCUACAAGACUGUGCUGCCAGGCUUUUAACCCGCUCUGAGAGAAGCGACCAAAUCCCCAAUUCUUUAUUGGUUACCUGUAAUGUCUAGAAUCGAUUUUAAGAUAUAUCUGCUUAUUUUUAAAGCCAUAUUGCUAAAGCUCCUGCCUACUCUAUGUCUGCUAGCUCCCUAUAAGCCUAACCGUGUUACUAAAAGUAUGAUGUCUGGGCCCCUCAGCUCUUUUAAAAAAACCUCUCUCCUUAAAACUCAC